UUCCCUAAUGGAGACGACGCCUGAAAAUUUCCUAAUUGACAAUUAUUCCAAAGACGCUGGGGAAAAUGAGUCUGUCACCGUGGCGAGGACUCAUCCGAAUUCGACCGUGUCGUUUGGCGUUCAGAUAAACAACGUCCUCCUGGGCCUUCUUCUUGGCACGGCUUCGCUGCUGACCGUCAUCAUGAACGUCCUUGUCCUGUACGCUGUGAAGAAGGAGAGGACGUUGCACACGGUGGGGAACCUGUACAUCGUCAGCCUCUCCAUGGCCGAUCUCGUCGUCGGCGCCACCGUGAUGCCCCUCAACCUCAUAUACCUGCUGGAGGACAAGUGGAAGCUAGGGCGCAUUCUCUGUCAGUUCUGGCUUGUCAUGGAUUACGUCGCCAGCACCGCCUCCAUUUUCAGCCUCUUCAUCCUGUGCCUGGACCGGUACCGAUCGGUGCGGCAUCCACUCCGCUACCUGCAGUACCGCACCAGAGGAAGGGCCAUCCUUAUGAUUGCCGGGGCAUGGCUGCUCUCCUUAACCUGGAUCGUUCCAAUCCUGGGAUGGCGCUUCUUCUCCAAUGUCCACCCAAAGCCAGAGGCGGAAAACAAAUGUGACACAGACUUUCGAUUUGUCACCUGGUUCAAGGUCCUGACGGCAAUCCUGAACUUUUACGUCCCAUCCGUGCUGAUGCUCUGGUUUUACACGCAGAUCUACAUGGUGGUGAGACAGCACUACCGCCAAAGGCAGUGCGUCCAAAAAGUGAGAAACUCUGAGAAACAGGAGGUGUCACAAAACGGUGAGAUAUCGCAUGUGAACCACAAGUUUAAUGUCACAGAAAAGAAGCCCAGUUCUCCAUCUCACUACUCCAAUGCUGAUGAUUUACUGGACCAGUACAGCUUGGAUCAGCCGUGCUACUCGAAGGACACACAGGAUGACGCCAAAGCGGACGCUGCUUGGACGGAAAGGAAGACAAACAGAUGUGGCUACCAGGCAGCGCUGUUCGCUGUCCCGAAACGCCUUAAAAGAUCCGUCAGAGACGCUGAGAAAUGCUCUCCUCGCUCACCCUGUUCCAGGGAAGAUGACAGUCCCGAGACGCCUUUGAAGCUCUCUUCUCUGCCCCUUGGCAUUCUGCAGUCAGAUGGCGACGACGUCCACAAAAUGAUCGUGUCUGUAAAUGAGUGUAAUGCAUCAUCACCGAACUCCGUGACUGGAGUGUGCGAGAUAAUACGUUUGUCCGACGUGCACGAGUACGCUGCUGUCGUGUGCGCCGGCGACUUCCGGCACCCGGUAGCCUCACAGUGGCCCCCUGGCACGGCCCUCAAGCUGGACUCGGCCAGCGCGCUCACGCUCAAGCAGUCCUGGCAGAAGUUCUGCACCCAGUCCAAGCAGCGCAUCCAGGGCCUGCGCGCCUACAAGGAGCGCAAGGCAGCCAAGCAGCUCGGAUUCAUCAUCGCCACCUUCAUGGUGUGCUGGAUACCCUACUUCGUCACCUUCAUGGUGAUGGCCUUCUGCAGGACCUGCGUCCACCACGACCUUCACAUGUUCACCAUCUGGCUGGGCUAUUUCAACUCCACCUUGAACCCGUUCAUUUACCCGUUGUGCAAUGACAACUUCAAGCGGGUUUUCAAAAGCAUCCUGCACAUUCAGUGAUGGACACAGUGCCAACGUGCAACAGGGUUCAUCGUCCAUAUACUGUAGGCAUUCCAGAGUGUAAAUGAUAUUUUGUUCCAGAGAAUUC